AUGAGAUGGGAAAAUUCAAGAGAGCUCACAAAAACGGACUUGCAAAAGUUUUCAGCAAUCUCACCUUUAUUAGUUUUCUCUUUUCAAUGCUGUUGCAAAUAUUUUUUCACAAGGGCAGCAAUUUCUUUCUGCAUGUCUUCUUCCAGAAAUGAAGAGGCUCAACAUAUUUCCAAGUUUUUAUUUAUUUUUUUCACUUUUGUUUAUCUUUCUUUAAUAUCAAUAUUCUUUCAUAUUUCCCUUUCAUUCUUUGGUUUAAGAUUCAUUCAUAACAAUGUUUCCAUUAUUUUCCUCUUUUUUUCUUUCUUUCAAAAAUCUUCUUCUUUCUUCUCAACUUCUUUCUUUUUCUUCCUUUCUUUUAAUUCAAACUUUUUUCUUUCUUUCCUUUUUUGCAAUUUUCUUUUAGUCUUUUUGCUGUUUGUUUUGCAUAAUUUUUCAUGCAAAUACUUUCUUCUUCCUUUUUAUUCUUAUCCUUUCUUCCUUUUCAUCUUAAAUUUUUUUCUUUUUUUCUUUUCUUUCCUUUUUAAUGUCUUUGUUUAUUUUUUCACUCGACUCUUUUCUUUUUCUCCCUUCUUUCUUUUCAUAUUAACAUUAAUCAGGUGA